UUUGUCCUGAGCACAUGCGGUCGGUCAGGUCCAUGCACGUACUUUUCCUGGCAUGCUGCAUGAUGAUGAUCCUGGGCGGCCGGACCUUUGCCACCACACAAAAUCUUAUCUGUUAGCACUGUUACUGCAUCCAAGCCGGCCUAAGCAUUAAGCAACACCUGGCUCUUAUCUGUUAGCCUGUUACUACACCAAGGCCGUCUGAGCAAACACUCGGACAAAAAAGAACACUCGGCCUCCAUGGCCACCACCAUCAGGAGCGGAGUCACCAUCACCAUCUGCACUGCUUGGGCUGCCAUCCGACCUUGCCGGCGGCUACCACUUGAUCGGACAAGAAGGUUACUCCAACUCCAACCACCAUACUUGUCCACCGCAUUCUCGCCUCAAGUAAGAUGUCAAGGCGUGUGGCGAUCGAGAGUCCGUUGCACCUCAGACACGAGUGGGGCUCCUCCGGUGACUGCCCCGGGGACAUCUGAUGCCGCCGCCGCCGACGAGGUGCUGCUGGAGGCCCCGGGGAGCUUCCGCAUCUACAGGAGCGGGAAGAUAGACCGCCUCAACGACCCCACCAUCCUGCCCGCCGGCGUCGACGAGGCCACCGGCGUCGCCUCCAAGGACGUCGUCCUCGACGCGGGCACGGGCCUCUCCGUGCGCCUCUACCUUCCCAACAAGCUCCAGGACGCCUCCGCGAAGCUCCCGGUCGUCGUCUACUUCCACGGCGGCGCCUUCCUCAUCGGGUCGGCCCGCGACCCCACGUACCACAAGUACCUCAACGCCCUCGCCUCCGCGGCGGGCGUCCUCGCGGUGUCCGUCGACUACCGCCUCGCCCCGGAGCACCCGCUCCCCGCCGCGUACGACGACUCCUGGGCCGCGCUACGGUGGGUGGCGUCGGCGCAGGACGAAUGGAUCGCCGACCACGGCAACGCCUCCCGGCUGUUCGUCGCGGGCGACAGCGCCGGCGCCAACAUCGCACACGAGAUGCUCGUGAGGGACGGCGGGCCGAGGAUCGAGGGCGCGGUACUGCUGCACCCGUGGUUCAGCGGGAACGCGGCGAUCGAGGGGGAGCCCCCGGCCGCGGCCAGGGUCACCGGGCUCCUCUGGUCCUACGCGUGCCGGGGGUCGGCGGCAGGCGGCGCGGACGACCCGAGGAUGAACCCGCUGGCGUCGCCGGCGCUGGAGAGGCUCGCGUGCGCGAGGAUGCUGGUGACCACGGGGCUCGAGGACGGGCUGGCCGCGCGCAACCGCGCGUACUACGACGCCGUGGCCGCGAGCGGGUGGCGCGGGAGGGCGGCGUGGCUGGAGCUGGAGGGGGAGGGCCACGUGUUCUUCCUUGGGAAGCUCGAGUGCGACAACGCCAAGCGGCUCAUGGACCGCGUCGCCGCGUUCAUAGCCGACGCAUGAGCUGCUUGUUGUAUUGCCCGCCAAAUGUGGUUCUGAGGCCCAUGUCUCCAGCAGAAAAAAGCAUGGAUCCCACCUAUCACGCCUAUAAAAAACACGCUGACCAUUCCCAA